UAGAAAAAUGAUACAGGCAACUACUUUGGGCAUAUAUUAUGUCUGCUCUGGCUCAAUAUAUGCCCGGUUCCUCAGGCCAACUGCAGCCCACAUACAGCACAAUUGUCAGAUACUACUUCCACAUCUGGACCAUAGACACAAAAUCUUCCAGGCUGUCAGCCAACACUGAAGCAUCAACAGCUGGAAUCAGCCCAGAUGUGGAAGUACAAGAGACAGACUGGGCCAAGGAAACCGGGCUCAUUGGAGCACACACUGUUACCUGGCAUGUUUACUCAUCAUGAUCACCUCUCUUGGACCAGUUUCUCUGCUUCAUGCCCCUCCAGUGACAACAGCUCUCCGCUCUGCUUUCUCUGCCACACAAACCAACAGCAUAGUGGGAGGCAAGCAGAGGGCAGUAACCUUCAACAGGCUCAAGGUUAACAUCGGAGGGGAUUUCAAUCCGGACACUGGCCACUUCCGCUGCCGCAUCCCCGGGGCUUACUAUUUCUCCUUCUCAGUGGGGAAGUUUCCAAAGAAAAUGCUUUCGGUCAUACUCGUGAAGAAUGAUGAAGAGGUGCAGGCUAUAGCGUACGAUGACUACCGCAAGAAAGGGAGGAAAGUUCAGAGCCAAAGUGUAAUGAUCGAUUUGAAUGAGAUGGACACAGUGUGGCUGCGUUUACAGCAGAGUCCUCAGUAUGCUUUGUACAGCAAUGCUGGUCCUUAUAUCACCUUCUCUGGUUACCUCAUCUAUCCUGACCUCUCCCCAACUAGCUAUAUCAACAACCACCUGUCCUCACCAGCGCUGUCCUACGCAAACUGCCCCCCUCAGGCUGAUCCCCGGGCCAGAAGUCAGCCACAGUCCGCCUUCUCUGUGGCCCGGACGUCCACAUUCAUGGGUCAGAGUAGCAGGCAGCAGCACAAGCCACCUCUGACCUUUGAUCUGGAGUAUGUCAACAUCGGGGGCCAUUUCAAUAAAACCUCUGGCAUGUUCACCUGCCACUUCCCUGGGGCUUACUUCUUUGCCUUCACUGUGGGGAAACACCCCCGUAAGGCUAUUUCUGUGAAGCUGAUGACCGGAAAGGGCGAGGUGCAGGCGAUGGUGUUUGAUGAGGACACGUCCAAGAGGCGGGAGAUGCAGAGUCAAAGCUUGCUGCUGUCUCUCCAUCGGGGUGACACUGUUUGGCUGUACAGUCAGCAGGAUGAGCGUUACGCUGUCUACAGCAACCAGGGGAGGUACACCACCUUCUCUGGCUUCCUGGUUUAUCCUGAAGCAGAGCCGCUCACACCUCCAACCGAGCAGGACAGAACUCACCUCUAAAUGUCUUUUCUUUUUUUUUUAAAUAUCAGAGCAGAACAUACUAGGUUAUUUUCAUGUGGGUGAAGAAGAAAAAAAAUCUUGAAUUUGUGGUCAGUAUAGUGUAAGUACAUUUACUGCUUUGUUUGUUUGCAUUUUAUUUUCUUUGCAGUUAAUCAUGUUAAUCCCAGGCCUAGUAUUUGUUUCCACCACAAGAUGGUGCUCCAAUACAAUUAUGGACACUAACCAGCAUGAAAGAUGGUUAUUUUUGUUCUUAAAGUGCAAUUAGCUGUGAAACACAAAAAGAAUGUAUUAUUUGUGUUUAUAUAGGAUACAUUCUUGAUUAACUUAUAAAAUUUGGUUUUGGUACAGAAAUACAUGUACUUCUAAAAGUGUGUUUAAAAUGUUUGAAAAACGUCAUUUUUUUUACAUGUAAAAAUGAACAUUGUGUGGCAUGAGGGCAAGUAUGUAAAUGAUGUAAAGCUUAUUUGUUAGUUAAAUUUACUUACUGUAAAAAUGAGACUUUGAGAUACAUCAUGAGAGGUGAUAGUUAUGUUAAAUAUGAAACUUUUAUAUUGUGCAUAUUCUAUAUCAAUGUUUUGUGUGCAUUUCAGGCUAAUCUGAAUAAAUUUAUGCAGUCAAAUCAAUUAGAAAGUUAUUUUUUCUUCUUUGCCAAAUGAUACAAAAUAUUCAACAGAGUACAAGGUAAAUUAGGUGUCAUUUAUGCUGAUCGCACUGAAAUGUGAGAGUGAGGGAGGGUGGAACACUUGGAUGAUGCAACAACUAUUUAAGCUCCUGUUAUGCACUGUAACAGCAUUGCUAUUGCAACAACUUCAAUUAAUAACAACUACAGUGAUAAUUGCAGUAUGCCAGGUACCACUAUACCAACGAAAGAAAGAAAGAAAGAAAGAAAGAAAGAAA